AUGACUUCUGUUUCAACACAGUGGCUCUUAGUCCUCAUUUUACUGCUUUUGUUGCUGCCUGUUGUCGAAGCAGUAGAAGCCAGAGAUGCAAUUGCUGUCUUGUUAGGUGUGGUUCUCAGCAUUACAGGCAUUUGUGCCUGCUUGGGGGUAUGUGCACAAAGGAGAAAUGGACAGAUAUGA